GUUUGUUUAAAAGAGUUACCUGCACCUGAACAAGUUUACGUAUCCGAUGCGUUAUAUUUAGUAUUAGUAAAGUUAUGCUGAAAUAGUGUUGUUGUCUAUUACAUAGAUAAAAGCCUAAAAAAUGUUAGCUGUUCGUCUAGUAUUUUUAUUGUCUCUCGGAGAAGUACUAUCUGAAUAUUGCAGCGAGAAAACAAUAACCAGUGAUAUAAGCGGUGAGGAAAGGAUAUAUAUAAUACCAAAGACAGCAUCUGGUGAAAAAUACAGACUUAUAGACCAAUGUGCAAAUCAUAUGUCGCCAUUAGCAGUGGGUGAAAUUAGUUGUUCAGAUAAUGAUGAUUGGGGAUGGUUCCAAAAGGAUAUUGUGUGUAGUUUCUUCAGCACAGACACAUCCCGAGUUACAGAUGAACUCACCUACAUUGUUAAAAACAUCAACAAUAUACAUGCCAAACGUUACAUAAGGAGAGUGGAGCUGUUGACCUCUGAACCCGCUAUUCUAACUUAUAUUGAUGUUUUAUAUACAGCUUACAUUUUAGAUCAAACCACCAAAUCCAGUGAUUAUAUUUCUUUUAUCGAGGCGAUUAGUUAUAUUGAAAUUAUCAACAAUAUACAGAAAGUAAGGCUUGAAGUUUUACAAGAAGGAAAGAGAAACACAGCCACCAAAUUGAUAGGAAUUAUAGAAAAUAUCAAACAGAAAGUUUCAACUAAUACAGAUUUUGACGGCGAUGAUGACCAUGUAACAAUAGUAACAGAUAACACUAUAUUAGAUGUGUGGAAUCUGGGCUAUAUUAAAACCAAUCCUGUCAUCGGUUUGAUGAUGCAGAAAGGGAAGUCUGGUCCAAUCAGAACAAACCAUUUAACAUCAAUAGACGACCAUAACCCAUUGAUUUUUAAAGGGACAACUGUUGGUAUCACUUUAAAUCACAACUUUGUAAUGAAGGCUAUUAAUGAGAAAAAUACAACUAAUAUUCGACUAGCAGUUCACGUGUUCACAGAUCCUAGAAUGUUUGUAUCCGAAAUAGCUUACACAGCCAACAGCCACGUUAUAUCGACAUCUUUAUUUAUUGAUAAUAUAGCAGUAAGGGAUUUGCGUGAUACUGCCGUCACCGUUGUUUUCCAACCACACAAAAUUUUGUACAGUAAAUAUAGGCAGAAAUACAUUGUGUGUGCAUUGUGGAUGAAUUCUACAAAUAAAUGGUCCGGUGAUGGUUGUGUUUAUUGGGAUACAGCUGAUGGUAGCGACAUAUGUAAAUGUGACCGUCUAGGAAAUUACGCCCUUCUUUUGGAUAAAUUAGGAGAAGACCUCGUUACGACACCUGAUCGAAAGCUUACCCUGAAUAUAGUCACAAUCAUAGGAAUGCAUAUUUCCUGGAUAUGUGCCGUGAUUGUAAUAUUUUCUUUCCCUAUCUUCAAAAAACUACGAGAAUCUGUCAGAUUUUGUUUAUUAUGUCCUUACGUGUUCACAAUUGGUUUUUGGGGUGUUAUUCUCACGAAAUGCAGCCCUGAAUGUGGUGCGGCUGAAUUCCUUCUUGGGUAUUAUUUCGUAUCCUCCAGUCAGUGGCCUUUCUCGAAUGUAGUUUUGUAUCAUAUGCUGUUCCAUAAAGACUGCCAAUUAACCGAAAAGCUAAUAAUCCCAGUGGUAUUUAUGUCCGUAACCUACAUAACUUUUGCUGUGUUUAAUUAUUCCCCACCGAAUUAUCAUUUCACAAGUGCCCAGAACGAACAUGGUGCCGCUGUAUUGUGUAGUAGCUUGUUCAUAUGGCUUUGCUGUAUAGCUGAUACCGACAAAUGCUCCUUAAGUUCAACACGAAGAAAAAAACAAGGAUACGUGUUUUUGUUGCUGUUGUUUGUUGCUAACUUUACACUAGCUCACCUAAUGCUGGCCUAUGGUAGUCAGGCAUUACAGAUCGUCUUCAAUCUCGUCAACAUUCUACAGACUUUAUUUCUCUUUAUCGUCUUCAUUGUUGGAAUUAAGGAUCCCAAGAACAAGCAUUAUAUUGAUGUGACCGAUAAAAAACCACUGACAGCGAUAGCGAUGACAGAACAGUCCCAAAAACUCUUGUCGGUGGCGUUAAAGAACCAUUUGUAAAAAAAAAAAACCAAAAAAAAAACCGGCUGAGAUAGAACCCUUGUGUGAAUUUGGUUUACUGAAUUUAUUGAAAUUAUCAUUCAAAUUACUUUAUUCUCGGCGAAGGUAAGAUGUAGCGUAGAUUAUCUCGUUGGUGUUAUAAUCCAUUUAUAGAUUGUUUCUAUAAGGGAAUUUAUUCAGUAUAUUUAGUAGCCAUAAUAUUAUUUUAAUCUUGUACAUAUACUAGUAUAACAUUCAAUGAUUUCCAUUUCUACCCUCAUCGAGCCCACGGAUGGUGCUUCGGGUGUGUUAGAUUUCUUUUUCAAAGCAAUGUGAUCAUCCAGUAGGAUGACGAAGCUGUAACAGAAACUCUGCUAUUUUGAAUUAUGUUUUUUGUUCUGUGCUUUUGUUGGGUAGUUAAGUGCUGUAUCUUCUGUUAAGAAACUAUGCGCCUGCAUAAAUUUCAACACUAUUCGGUAUCUAUAAUGUUUAGUGUGUGCGUGUGGGGGGGGGGGGGGUAUCCACCACGCUUUGCUAAUAUGUUAACCCCCUAAAAAUUAUCAUAUUAUUUAUUUAUGUUACUAAUUGCCCCAAUCACUUUGUAUUGUAACAACAUAGGUCAUAUGGUUUCUUUUUAUAGGACUAUAAAUGUGACUCUAGGACUAUAAAUGUGACUCUAGGACUAUAAAUGUGACACUAUCCUCUAUCGCGGUACCAAAAAAAGCACCAAAGAGAGACAACUGUGACACUAUGGGGUAGAUGUGACUAUCUUUCGUCUAUGAAUUUCUUCGACUUCACGUUGUUAAUCAUCAAUGAACUGACUCUGGAACACCGUUUAUGUUAUUACUAAGUUUAUAUAAUUAAACAAAUACGGCAAAAUACAAAGUUAAAUCCAGGAAACUACAACAUCUAUUAUAGAAACUUUAGGCGUUAUUAAAAUAUCUACGGUCUGAGUUUAGCAUCCUUUACAACUCAGACCUAACGGGUUAAAUACUACAUUGUCUCUAUCCCAGCCUCUCAGCCGAGGCGACUGAUCGGUAUGUUCCCCUUGAGCUCCGAAUAAAGUCUUCCCUACGGUCUCAUCAUGAUAUCUCAGUAAAUCAAUCCAGCUCUCUCCUAUAUAUAAAAUACAUUGCGUCAUCUAUUAGGGCGGGACAAUUACCGUUUUAGGGUAAGUGUUUCGUAUGGGCACCGUUUUACGUCAACAAUAUUCUAGUUAAUUGUACUAAUCCAUGCACAGAUGACUGGACUAUAGUGCUCUACUUCCAGCAAUGGAUACUGACAUAACUGUCGGUGAGCUAGUCUAAGAUAGUAGUAGCAUAAUGCACGCUACUUCAUUACCCUAGUUUUCGUCACACUUCACGUAGGUAAAGAAUUUCUAUAUUAAACAGAACACCUUCCUUAUAACUAAAAUAAACCCUAUAGUAUUACAAACAUAUUACCUUUUAGUUUACUAAUGAUCAUAAAAGAACACUUGUCAAAACGUCGUGCUAUAUGUGUGUAUAAACCCGUGAUUGUUUUACAUAUAAAUUGCGUUGUAUUUUUGUUAUGUGUCCAAUCACUAACUGCCAUUCAAGGAUUGUAUCCCAAGAUGUUUAAAUGAUCUGCCACAUGGAGAAGUGAUAGAAUGGGUGGUUGAGUUUAACUGAUGCGAAAAUAGGCAUUGUAGCUAUUGUUCAACAAAAUUUGGUCGGCAUGUAAUUUGGGCUGUGCUUAUUCAGAAGAUAUACCACAGAAGUUUACGCAUUUGUAGGAAUGUUGGCUUUGAGUUUUCUAUAAAAUCCAUGAAUAUUCCAGGGACAUCCACACGAUCAUCGACCGCCCAGGAUUUACAAAAUAUAAAACCUUUGCUGACAAAAACUAUGGAAUUAACUACCGCGAAAUCUAAAAGAGUGUCCUUCUUUGGAAAGAACAUUCUGCAAAUAACAAUUUUUAUGUGUUUAUUUAAUUUAAUUUAUAUGUGGUGUGUAUAUAUAUAUUGUUCAUGAUGUAAA